AUGUUGAAGCGUCUGCAUCAGUCACUGAAGCUGUCCGCUUCUGUUCAAUUCGUGUCUGUGUUGGUAGACCCUGUCAUCCCUACGAUUAUGUUCGUGAGAGAGGGAUCGCCUUAUCGUGCUGUCUUUUACACGCCCCUUCUUCUUUACCUGAUCUAUAUCUAUACUAAUACCAGUAGUAUAUCCUUUACCCAUAUCUACACCUACUCCCAAUUCUAUACCUACCCGUAUACCUAUCUCACACGCAACCUACACCAUACGCUCAACCCACGCCCGUCACUACUAUACAAGACACAUUCCACCCCCUCCAAGACAACACGGGACUCAGAUAUCUCAACUCAUAGAGGAGACUCCCGUCCCCCUCAAGACUUCUGCAGGAUACGCCAAGCUAUACAAGGAAGCGCCUCGCAUACCCCACGGUCAAGUAGUCGGCAUAGUACUGUACACGCGAUGUACAUGGACCAUGAGGUGCCUUUGGUGUCGACAAUUGCCCGGUGCUUCCUGACCAAUAAAACUGUGGAUCCCAGCGCUGCGACAUAG